AUGAAUGCUACAACAACCGGCUCCUCGGCUGCGUCCGAAAUAUUCGAUCGCGAACUCACCAAGUUCAGAAAUCGCCUGAACGGAAAGCAUUAUGAGGAAUUCAAGCAUACAUCUCUCAAGGACGUUGAAAAGGCAGUAAACGAAAUCCAGAAGCGUCAGGAAGCAGAGAAGGGACUGCGCGACUUAACCCGAAUUCGGCGUUUUCUGGAGGCGAUGGAGCAGUUUGGUAAUGUGAUUGAAGUCUUCACCAAUACUAGUGAUUUCAUUGCCUUUGUCUGGGGCCCGCUGAAAUUCCUCCUACAAGCAUCGAGCAACUGGGCGAAUGCUCUCGAUACGAUAUUGGAUGCCUACGAGCAAAUCGGUGAAGCAUUACCUCUGCUUGAGCAGUAUGCGUCACUUUUUCAAAAGCAUAAAGAGAUGGAAGAGGUGCUCGGUUUGAUGUAUAAGGACAUUCUUGAGUUUCACCUGCCGGCAAUCCACUUUCUCAACCGUUCAGGCUGGCGAAAGCUUUUUCGGUCAGCAUGGAGUGAUUUCCAUGCAAAAUUUGACGGAAUUCUCCGGAACCUCCGCCAGCACAGACGUCUGAUUGAAUCACAAUUCAAUCUGCUACAGGCCCGUCAGCAUGAAGCACAUCGUAUAGAGGUACUGAAGGAAAUUCAGAAAUGGGGUGCGAAGUUAGAUGACGCACGCGAGUCGCUCAAGCGCCGAGAAGAAAGUCGUAGAGACGAGCAACGGGCCGCAAUACUUGAGUGGCUAGCGGCCGGAAGAAGUACUCGUGACUCCCACGAAAGGGCUCGAAAAGCCCGCGAAGACUAUCCCCAUACCGGACUUUGGAUCACUCAGAACGAAAAGGUGUCUAGCUGGCUCACGGAUGACAUACCCAAGUCUUCGGUACUAUGGAUGCAUGGCAUACCUGGCGCAGGGAAAACAGUGUUGGCGUCGAUCAUCAUUGAAGCUUGCCUAGAACGACUGCGCCAACAGGACCAGCAGGACCAACAAGACCAACAGCAAGGCAAAACAGCGUACUUUUAUUGCAGACAUGAUGACGUUAAUACCACCACUUGUGUCUCAAUCUUGAAAGGUCUUCUCGCUCAGCAAAUCGAUUGGUAUCCGGAUCUGGUAUUACCUUAUUUUGAAGAAUACCGGCGGCAAAGCGGCGAACCUGUCCUGACACUUGAGAAAGUCGCAAAGCGCCUGUUCGAGACGGUUUCCGAACAGGGCCAGCGACAAUACAUCAUUCUCGAUGGUUUGGACGAAUGCCGGUCAGAGGAACGAAAAUUGAUAUUGUUGUUUCUUACCUCCUUGGUCAAAAGGAUUGACGACAGAGAGCCGUCGAAACUACGUCUCCUCGUCGUCAGCCAAGAUGAGCCUGAUAUUAGGAAACUGUUAUCGUCGGCGGAAGAGUUUCCGAUCAAACCCGAGGACAACAAGCAGGACAUACGGACAUUUGUGCAAGUGUGGAUAGGCAAAAUUCAGGAGAGGUUUCGACUUGGAGACGAUGCGUCAUCUUCGUUGGCGAGACGCACAUGCCACAAUGCAGCAGGCCAAUUUCUGUUCGCCAAAUUGGUGAUGGAACAUCUUUUCCUUCAAUCCAACAUUGAAGAUUUUGAGGAUGAAGCUAAUGCUGGGUGUUUCCCGAAGGAGUUGAAAGAAGUGUACAAUCGCAUCAUCCAACGUAUCAAGCUACGUCUUACCGACCGUGGAUGGGACGAUGUGCAACAGUUUCUAGGGUGGAUGACUUGUGCCGCCCGGCCGCUCAAGUGGCACGAAAUUCAGGGUGCAAGGUCAAUAUCUCUCGAGAAGCGGAACGUAGCCUUCGAGAGACGUCGCCUCCGAGAUGAAGCUCACGACCUGUGCGGACCAUUGGUAGCUGCCGAUGGGGACCGUGUAAAUCUUGUGCAUAGCACAGCCAAGAGAUAUAUCGCGGAGUCAGAGCAUUUUGAUCUUUUCGCCGUGGAAUGCAGGCUUACGAGCUUGUGCCUCGGGUACCUCGCUUUGCCUUGCUUUGACGGAGAUGUCUUAGAGGAGAACGUACGCAAUGGUUCCUACGCAUUUGCGGACUAUGCAGUUGCCAAAUGGAUGAGCCACUUCAAUCAGAUACUUGUCCGGCUAGGCAGUCAUGUCGACCCCAGGAAAUCUCCCGCAUACGAAACUGUGGUACAGGAGCUCUGUGAUGAAGUGGAGAACAUGGUACGGAAGUGUCGGGACUGCCUUCAAAGCAGCCACGCCGAGGCCGAAUCAUUACAGCAAAAAUCCAAGCUGGAGCCCGAAGUCUGUCGCCGACUUGAGGAAUUUGACAGAACCGAAGAUGGGUUUAAAGCCGAGGAUGAAUUUCAGUCCCUAUGGGCUCACAUUGUGCUGCAUCGGUCCAGGGUUGUUGACAAGCGCAACGAAAUCAGUUUAGACAGGCUGAAGACCACGAUGGACGGCUUCCGAAAGUUGCUGGAAGAGCUCUCUAAGGACAGAAACUUGCCCGCAGAUGAUCAAGAGAGACUGAAGUCAUACUACGGCUCGGGGUUUUUCCGAUGCCCAAAAGUCACCUGCCCGAACUUCGACGAAGGCUUUUCCGAUGGAAAAACGAGAGACAAGCAUGUGAGAAAACACAACCGUUCCUAUGAAUGCCUUGAGGCAGCCUGCGACUUAGCCGAACUGGGGUUUUCAGAGAAGAAGGAACUCGACUAUCAUAUGCGUAACUACCAUCCAGACACAGAGAUGAAAGCUCAGAUCUUCAAGGAAAUGAAGCCAGCAACACCCAACCACGCAAAGUUUGGCUGCGGACUGUGCGGCAAGAGCUUUGUCCGGAGGGGCAUUUUGCGAGACCAUGAACUAGCGCAUAGUGGUCAAAAGCCAUAUGAGUGUGCGCGUUGCGGGAAGGCUUUCACGAGGAAAAAUGAUUGCACCAGGCAUGAGAAGAUCCACGAGAACCGACGAUGA